GAUAGAUAUCGCGUUCACGUUGGAUUGUUGUUAUUCUACCGAUUCUAGAAAAUACAUAAUAAUAUUAUCUUACGCAUUAUAAGCUUUAAUCAAGAAUAAUAAUAAUAUUGAAUAAGCAAAAAUGUUGUUUACCAAGUUAGAAGUACUGGUGGACUUAGGUGAGAAGCCUGAUCAGAAAGUUCUGGAUAAAACCAUCAAUGAGCUGAAGUCUCAAGAUGGUGUCAAGGAGGCAGUAUUCAAAAACGGCGCUUUCGUGGUAGACUCAACUCUGCCAAGCUCUGUGGUGCUGGAUAUGGUCUCCAAAACCUCUGGGAAAAGAGCAGUCUUGCAAGGAUUUGGAGACACCCAAUCAGCGGUGGCUAUGGUGUCGAGCGCGGACUCCAGCGUACUAGGCGUGGUGCGGCUGCAGCAGCAGCGCGGCGCGCUCGUGGCCGACGGCAGCGUGGACGGGCUGGCCCCGGGGCUGCACGGGCUGCAUCUCCACGAGACCGGGGACCUCAGCCAGGGUUGCGCAUCGCUGGGGCCACACUACAACCCGCACGGGGCGUCUCACGGGGCCCCGGGGUCGCAGAAGGGCGCCCGCCACGCGGGGGACCUCGGCAACAUUCGGGCUGACGAGCGGGGCAGGGCUACGUUCCGGAUCGUCGACCAUGUGUUGAACAUAUCGGACAUUAUCGGUCGCUCGAUCGCCAUCACGGAGCGCGCCGACGACCUCGGGCAGGGCUCCAGCCCCAGCUCCAAGAUAGACGGAGACAGCGGCCCGCCAAUAGCGUGUGGCAUCAUAGCGCGCUCUGCCGGCGUGUUCGAGAACCCCAAACGCAUAUGCGCGUGCGACGGCGUCGUUGUGUGGGACGAGCGCGACCGCCCGCUCGCCGGCAAGGGCCGCCGCUGCUGCCAGAAGGAUAAGGAGAAUGAUAACAAGGAACAGAAGCCGUGCUGCAAAGUUUAACUUCUGAAGCUAAAUUUAAAAGCUGCUCAAAAAUAUUCGUUUCGGAAAAACUACCAAUGAACUUUGAACUUUUGAAUGUUGUUUUAAUUAUAAAUAUGGAGGGGUUUACGUCUCGUUAAAAGUAAGGAAUAAAAUCCUUUCCCCCUUAAGAAACUGAAAUUAGGGUUAUUUAGCUACAUAAGACGACAGUGUCACACAUUGGGAGAAAAGUUAACUACGUCGAGGAUUGCAUAGAAUAAAAAAUCCUACGAUAAUAAUGGAAAAAACGAAAUGAAACUCAUGUCAUUUAUUUACAAAUAAACUUACUUAGUUACAAAUAUUUACAGAUAUUGUGAAAUAUCCAUACAAAACAUAACUGUAAACUUGCUUUAAAUUAAAAUAAAUCCUAUUACAUAGUUAAAUAAAACAAAAAAAAAAUGUUACAUUAUAACUAUUUUAAGUGUAAAAUAGUUCUUUUAAACCUUUGGCAAGCUUUUAUGUCGUCCUAAAGUGAUCAUUAAGUUCGAAAGACACCAACAACUACCUAUAGUAGGCAAAGAAAUAAAACUUAGUAAAGUUGUUGGCGUAUGACUGAGAUAUUUGCUUUGUAUAAUGUUGCGUUACAUACAAAACGUUCCAAUGGUGAGAACCCGUUAUAUGCAUUUUUUUUUAAACUUUUGUUAUGAUAAUUGUGUUAAUUUUAUUUUUAAUACAGUUGCUCAAAAAGUGGUACUUUUUGUGGCUGCGUAGCGUGCGAGAAGCUCAAUUUCUCGAACUAGUGCUUUUUACUUUUUAGUUCCAAACUAUAGUUUCGAAACGCAGUUUUUAUGUAAUUUAGCUUGAGCAGGUACUGGGGCCUCACUCGUUACUCCUCGGUGUCGUUGAGCAACCCGCGCCGGGCCCGCGGCGGCCGCGGCCGGGGCGCGCACGAGUAUGAAGGUAUCGCGGGCUGCGGCAGCUCAACUAUCAAGGGCUGUAUACGUACUUUUGGUUUUGGUUUGGUUUGGUGGUAUGAUUCUACUAAUGAUAUAUUAAUUUAUUAUUUUUUCGCAAUUGUAUUAAAAACGUCGUUUACAACACGUGUGAAAUGUCUUUUCACACUAGUUGUAAAAUGUACUAUUUUAAGUUCGGUUGAAAAAGGAUACAAUUAGGUUUUAUUAUUUAAUUUAUAUUAUGGGAUUUGUUACUGUUUGUAAAAAAUACAAUAAAUUGUUGAACAUA